AUGGAACGAAAGUGAGGCUGACGUGUCUCCUCUUCUCUGGGGGGAGGUGGGGGAGCUGAUGAGUCUUGAAAUGGUCUCGUUGCCUCUCAAGACGUUCUCCCACUUCAGUCGUAUCCGCCGCAGCUGAAAGAUCCAUCCAUGCAUCCACCCAUUGCCCAACACAGCCAUGGAGCAGACAGAGACACACGUCACUAGUCGUUACCUAGCACUCCACAUCCCGAACUGGGGGCGGAUGCCUGUCUUCUUUCUCAAAGUAAUCCUCGGGGUCGCUGGUGGGCUUGCCGCUGCACAGACAAGGAGACACACACACACACACACACACACACAGAGAGAGAGAGAGCACACACACCACGGAUUCAGGCAGGCUCAUAUGGGGGCAGCCGGCUCGGUUGUACUCGCUUCGUGGGCCCGUUGUCUGGGUAGUACACGACCAUUGGGUACUUGAACGACCUGCAGGGGGAAAAGGAGAGCCGAUGGAUCAUGUCUCUGUGCGUCGCGUCUGUGUGUGUGGACGUCCACCCGUCAGCCAGGGCCACAGGUGAGAAGUCCUCGCUCACUGACAACCAAGCACAGCGGAUGUCGGUGUGUGGUUCUGUGAGGGCUGCAUGGGUACCGUCGUACUGGCUGCCACGCUUCGUGUGCUGAUCUUUGUCCAACACUGUGAGAAGAAUGCUCCAGAUGGGCGGGGAGGAUGAAGGCGAUCAACGUGAGCCUGGUCAGAUAGGGGUCUCACGGUCCUUGGCUGUGGUGGACUGGUCCCCAGCCAUGAAGAAGAUCCGCAUUCAACAUCUGUCCCUCUCCGCCUGCGGCAGCUGGGCCCAUCGCCGCAGGAGCCGCUCGUUGACGCCCUCGAUCAUCGUCUGGUCGAUGAGCGCUAGGCCGUGUCUGUCCACAAACAAGUGGACUCUCUUCGUCAGGGGUCCAUACUUUUCCAGCAGAUCCACAGCAGCACACAAUCCCAUCGCCUGAAGGCGGAUCUUGGCGGUCGCGACCCAGGCUUCGGGCGGGUCGAUAGUCUUGAUGAUGGCUUCAUUGAGCUCAUCGCGGGUGAGGAGCUUGUCGGGGUUUGUGAGCAGCACGUUGAACAUGCCUCAGUGUGGUUGGAUCCUUGAGUUCGCUCUUCUCAAAGAAGCUGUAGAUGUGCUUUCGUAGGCGGCAUGGGA